UUCUCAAUUCAACAAACAUAUCCCUUUUUUCUUCUUUCUUCUUUUUUCUUGUCCACCUUCUGUCAAUUUCCCUUUAUAUACACAAAUUCGAAACAUUCAGUCUUUAUUUCCUCCUCUUCCUCUUUUUCUUUCUUCCCUAACCCAUCCCUGUUUCAUAUUUGCAGCAAUGUACAGUCCAGCGGCCAGUGCCGGUCAGAGCAGCGAGUCCUUCGAGUCCAGCAUGACAAGCAGCGAGUCGCUGAAUUCGCGACUAAUGCCGCGUGCGACGGACAUUGGAGAUGAGGAGCUGGUUUUCCGAAGCAAUUCAAGCCGGUCAAAGACAUCGCAGAACCAAAGCUACAUGGCAUCGAUAUCUACGGGACAGAAAGCAAGGAACACACUGUCUGCGAGCAUGUCGCGGAUGGGCCAGCAGCCGACGGGGUCGCGGUCAGCCAGCAGCUCGAGCGUCAGCGUCAACCAGCAGCCCAGCAGCAGCGGCCGGUCAGCGUCGAACAGCGCGGGCCAGAGCGGCAGCAUGGGAAGGGCCUCAGGCAGCCGGGUGCCGGGCCGGGCAUCCAACGGCUUGUCGCCCAAAGGCGGGGCGGCUAAUGGUUCGUCAGCAGAGUAUGCCGAUAAAGUUUCACCAGGCGACGGCGGCAAGCGGAGGCCAAGUGGAGCCGGCGGGGGCCAUUUGAGGAAGCCUAGCAUAGAUGCGCGCGGGUUUCUGCGUGCCUUGAACGAUCUGUUUUUCGCCAAAUUCUGCGUCGAGGAGCUGUUCUACCGCGAGUACCGCGAGCAACUGGUCAAGCGGAUCCAAGAGAGCACGUACCGGUACGACCCAAAGGACCUGCACGACAUUCUAGACGAUGUCUCCGAGGCAUGCAAAAGCACGAGGCUGAAUCUGGAUGCAGUUUCGCAGUGGCGGCUGAAUUAUUUUACGCGCGACCAAUCGGCAUCAGUCAUCGACCACGUGUUUCUGAUGAACGCCAACGUCAUGACAUACGACGCAAAGUACUCAAAUGCAUGCCUGGACGUGUUCUGUGCUGACCCGCUGUGCUGCGAGAUCCACGCAGGACGUGUGACUGAGGAGGACAAGGCUAAAGCGUUCCGCCGCGUGCUCAACAUGGUGCUCAACGAGGCCCUGCGAGUGAGGCUGAUCGGCAAGGAGCAGAAGGUUGGCAUCCGGCAGCGGCUCGUAAAGGGCGUGUUUGCCGCUGAUGACCGAGUCAACGCAAUUCGCGAGAUCUCGGUGCUGGUCAUGCUGGCACAGGACGAGCGGCAUCGCGAGCUCAUAACCUACGGGCUCAACGCAUUUGGACAGGCAUGGGUGCAGCCGGACACUUCUGUGGCCGACGCCGACGAGGACUGCAACCUGGACCCCGACAUGGUAUACCGCAAGGCAUUGGGCGCCAUAAACAACGCGUACUUGGAGUCUAUUCUGGACGUGCGGCGGCUGGGCAUGAGCAUCAGCGUUGAUGAGGUUGGCAAGCUGAGAGACCUCUGGGCGCGAAACAGUACAAAGGUGCCCGGCGGCCGCGUGGUGACGCUGCCGAUGCUGCUGCACCUGCUUGUGCACUGCUCCGAGGGCGAGCUGCAGGAGGCACUGCCGCAGGCCGGCGUGUCGGUGGCAGCGAUGGCCAAGGCCAAUGCCACGCCAGGAAGCGACGCUUCCGGGCUGGGCGGCCGCAUCGAGCAGGUUGAAGACGCCGCACUGCAGAUUGUGCAGAACCUGGGCCUGGCCUGGGAGCUGGGAGACAAUCCCCCUCGCGACCUGCGCCAGUUUUGCAUGGUGCUGCUGCUGGAUCUCGGCAGCGUCCUGUCAAAGUUUCUCGUGCCUGAGGCCCCACAGUCCUCACCCGGCGCCUCGUCGUCAGACACCGCAGUUGCUGCCGACUCGGACGCGUUUGAGAUUGGCACGGUCGAAGACGGCCUUUUUGCGCGCUGGUGGGAGGUUUGCGAGGCUAUUGUGCGGUUCGAGCGCACUCACCGCCGCUUUUACACCGCCUUGCUGAUGACAUACAUCAAGACGUCCAGCGAAAAGCUGCUGGCCCAAAAGGCCGAUUUUGAUCCCGAGUUGUUCCUCACGAUGAUCGCCGAGCUGCUGACCGAGUACCGCAAGCGGCGGCCUGACUACGAUGCUGUCGUGCUCACUCCUGACGGCCGGCUUUCCUCUAUGACCGCGCAGGCGGCUACGCCCGGGAGCAACGAUGCGCUGCCUGGGAUCCGUGUGCUUGACCGGCGCACGCGUGAGGAUAUCGGCAGCGAGUUUGAUCGAUUGUUCGCUUGGGUCGACCAGCAGCUGCCGGCCAGUAACCGCGUGCGCUCGUUGUGCCGGGCCACUUCGCCCAAGAGCAGCCGCACGCCGUCCUGGCAGCAGAUGUCUGGAAAUGGGAGCCUGAAUAGUAUGGACAAGCUGCGCUCGUCGUCAUCAGCCAGCAUCGGCUAUAGUUCGUCGUCUAACGGCAACCGCGUACCGUCGCAGCUGCCGCCUUUGCCCGUGAAUCCGCAACCAACAUCAACAAGAUAACGAUUUAUUUUAUCCUCUUCUUUUCAUUUCACUUCAUUUUUUUGGUACAAGUAACAACAGCAACAAUGGUAGCAAUUCAAUUCAAUUCAUUU